AAAGAUGGCGGCUCCCAGGAGAGAAGCAACAAAGAUAAUUCAGUUGAUUAGAAAAGUGUUACAACCUCAUAAAGAACCUAAUAAUCCUUUAAGAUUUGCUGAUUAUGGAAUAGCAGAAAGAACUCAGCCCCCACCUGACCUACCUGAUGGUCCAGCACAUAAAUUGUCUGAUAAUUAUUAUUUUACGAGAGAUGCCAGACGUGAUGUUUUACCACCAACAGAAAUAUUCAAUGGAGCUCAACGUCGUUUGACUUCUGGGGAGUCUGCACUAGAAAGUGGAAAUGUGAAAACUGUCAGGCCAGGACAUACUUUUAAUUGGGAGACUGGAAAAAGUGAUAUGCUGUAGACAUUAUUUUCUAUAUAUUUAUUAUGAAUGUUUGUUUAAAUAAAUUUGUCUUGAGAGUGUGGUGAACAUUUAAGUCUUUUACAAGUAGUUAAAAAUCAUAAAGGAUCAUAAUUAUUUUUAAAAGGAACAACUAUUUUUUCUACUAAAGUAAUUGUCCACUUAGUGAUCACAGGUGAAUGAUGCCAAUUCUAGAUUUAUUACAAAUUAUCAUUUCAAUGUAGUUAUCCAGACAAAGUUAUGAAAUGGCUCAGAAUUGUUCUUGUUGGUAUAGGUUCAAAAAGGUGAAAAUAGAAACUGACAAACCAUGAUAGUUAUUUUAUAUAUAUUCACAGCGAUGAGACAAGAUGUGUUUAAGGUAUCCCUGUCUUCUGUCCUUUGACAUCUGUUUAGAGAAAAUGGUGUUCAUGGUCAAGCCAUGAGGUGAUAAUGGUAAUUAUAAACUAUAGUACAUAGUACAGUUACUAAUACAGUCCAAUGUUCAGCCUUUGAAUUGCUAAGCUAAAGCUAUUAAAGCUAUUAUCGAAAUUUG